AUGAGGAAGAUCAUUUUCAGCAUGUUUCAGAGUGAUUUCAUUACACAAAUUUCGCCUUGUAUUGAUGCAAAAACCGUUCAUCCUGUUCCGUAUCAGCAUGGCCACCUCCGCGCCAAGAUUCUGCGCAGAAAGAGGAAGUUAGAAAAAGGCCAGGAAAGCACUAACAGUGCUGAGGGCAGAGGGGUGGGUUUGAAGGGAAAUACCCUUGGUGGCAACUGGAGCCUCUUCUUCCUCUCCUCAGAAGUUCACUGCCCCCACUCUGUUGCAGCAGCUCAUGCCAUUGCUGAAGAAAGGAGGAAUCAAAGUGGAGUUAGCCCUGCUGCACACCAGUCUUCAAAUAUAAGAUCAGCAUGUAAACCAGUAAUAGAUGGAUCUGUGCUUAAAUAUGAUGAAAAACAAAGAUUAGCAAAGGAACGCAGGGAAGAAAAAUGGAGACAGCAAGAUGCCAAUAAAGAAACACAACUACUUGAAAAAGAAAGAAAGGCCAAGAUCCAAUAUGAAAAACAGAUGGAAGAAAAGCAGCGAAAGCUGAGAGAGCAAAAAGAGAAAGAUGAGCAGCGGAGAAUAUCCGCGGAAGAAAAACGAAAGCAGAAGUUAGAGGAAGAAAGGGAAAAAUAUGAAGCCAUUCUUUAUCGUACUUUGGAAAGGAGCAACCGUAUUGAUCAUCAGCAAAAAAGGUGGUCAUGGGAAGGCUCUGCAAUGAAUUCUGAAAGCAGAACUGCCAAUAAGCGAUCCAUAUCUACUGAAAAACUUGAACAGGGAACUUCUCCUUUCAACAAACAAAUGUCUAUGUCAUCUACAGGUCCAAAAUUCUGUUGCCAGAAGAAAAACAGAAAAGAAGAGAAGCUCAUCUUUAAAUAG